CGUUUUCUUUACGGUGUCCCGCAUCGUUCUGUCACAUCCGGUCGUAUAUAUGAUGCCACGAGUUAGCGGCGAAUUUGGAGAGUGUCCAUUUUGAGCAGCGAGUCGGCGUCCCGCUUUCUUCAUUCGAAUCUCUCGACAGGACCACCGUCAGGAUGGCAGACGCUGAGAACCAGUUCAUGGAGACCUCUGAGCAGAACGGCAACGAAGGGGAGGAGGACCAGAACGGAGCCGAGCAGGAGGCGAUGGGAGGAGACGAAAGCCAGGACAGCGGCACAGACGGCGGCAAGAUUGAUGCAAGUAAAGGAGAAGAUGAUGCUGGCAAAAUGUUUGUCGGCGGCCUCAGCUGGGACACGAGUAAGAAGGACCUGAAGGAUUACUUCAGCAAAUUUGGGGAGGUGUCAGACUGCACCAUCAAGAUGGACUCCAACACGGGCCGGUCCCGGGGCUUCGGCUUCGUGCUCUUCAAAGACUCCUCCAGCGUGGACAAGGUGCUGGAGCAGAAGGAACACAGACUAGACGGACGUCAGAUCGACCCCAAAAGGGCGAUGGCCAUGAAAAAGGAAGCUGUCAGGAAGAUCUUUGUAGGGGGUUUGAAUCCUGAGGCAACGGAAGAAGCAAUCAGGGAAUAUUUCGGCGCCUUUGGAGAGAUCGAAACCAUCGAGCUCCCCAUCGAUCCCAAAUCAAAGAAGAGGAGGGGUUUCAUCUUCAUCACGUACAAAGAUGAAGCCAGCGUCAAGAAGUGUCUGGAGAAGAAGUACCACACUAUUGAAGGAGGCCGGUGUGAGCUGAAGAUCGCUCAGCCCAAGGAGGUGUACCAGCAGCAGCAGUACGGCGCCGGGCGCGGCGGCUACGGCGGCCGGGGAGGCCGGGGGCGCGGCGGUCAGAACCAGGGCUGGAACCAGGGCUACGGAAACUACUGGAACCAGGGAUACGGCAACCAAGGUUACGGUGGUUACGGUGGAUACGGCGGCUACGGCAACUAUGACUACUCCUCCGGUUACUAUGGAUACGGCCCGGGAUACGAUUACAGUCAGGGCAGCGCCAGCUAUGGCAAGACCCCACGGCGGGGGGCUCACCAGACCAGCUACAAGCCAUACUGAUGACCGCCCGUUACUCAAAAAAAAAGACUCCAGUAAGACCGACGGCUGGGCAGCACCCCGGCCUCACUCGACCUCUUUUAUGACAGACGACCAUUUGUACAGAAAACAUCCUAAAUGUAACUUUUCCAUGUUUUCUUUUUUUUCUUUUUUUUUUUAAUCCUGUGAUUUUUAAGUUUUAGAUUUCCGCUAGUUUUUUUUUCUCUCUGCCCCCUCCCCUCCACAUUUCCACAGGAAGUGUAAUUUUUACUGUACUUUUUGGUACCUGUUUUGAUUCUAAUGUAUUGUAAGGGUUGUAUUUUACAUGUGUGCUGGCUUUACAGGUUGGGAAUCAUGGCACUGUAAAGGAGCUUUUUUUGACAAAUAAAACAAGUUUUCAGUAAUUUUUUUUUUUUUUUUUUUUGCCCCCGUUUUGCUCUGAUGCUUCCGCGUACCGGGGUGAAAUUAGCCGUUUGUUUAAGAUUAAAGUUCAGUUGUCGAGUUUC